GCUGCUGCGGUCGAAAACUGGCGAUGAGGGAAGAUCGCGGGGAGAAGCCCGAAAUCCUCACUGGCUUCAAUCCUACGCUCGAUCGCUCUGUUGAACCGAAGCGAAAGCCACAGGCACCCGUAGGUUCAGCGGUUUCUUCGUGAACACUGGCCGCUGGAAGGCGCGCGGGGUCGGCUCGAGGCGGUAAGCUCUGUGCCAUAUACAGAAGAAAAUUUUGUAAACACGCACCUGUUAGCACACCCUGAGGAAUGCUGUGUUGAAACAAACGCCUAUGCAGGUGGAUCCCUCGCCAAUGAGUGUGGGGGAUGGAGGCACAGUGAGCAGAGAGAGCAGUGCCCCUGCCCAGGCCUCUGAGAGCAUGGUGGGGAAUCCACAGCAGACACUGCCUCCUGAACUCAGAGGAGACGUUCCUCACAGUCAGCAGAACAAGCUGAGGACAUCCACAGGCUGCAAAACGCCUGGUGUCUGCUCAGAGGCCAGCAAGGCUAGCAAGGCCAGCAAUUCAAACCAUUGUCCUGAAGUCCCUCCCUCCCAACCUUGCAACAAUGCCCCUGUGUUCAGCACUGAUCCUUUGAGCACGCCGUUGCCCGAUAGGACAGAGGUUCCCAAAGCCAAGGCUGAUGGUGCUGGCAUCUACCCCACUCACCACUGGCCUUGUGGUAUUAAAGUUGGUGCAGAGGACUCGGUGAACUCUGUUCAUGGUGGCAUCAACCCAAAUAAGAAAACUCCUCAUAGCCCUGGCCACACCCAGCCUGUGAUCAGCCUUCCCCCAGGAUUCCAGUGCUCAACACUUUUUAAGACAGGGCAACCUGUUGCUUUCUUGCCCUCUCCUAACUUUUCUUCCCCUCUUUGUAAGAUCACCUUGCCUCCAGGAUUGGGCCAGAUUGCCGCCCUGAGAGAAGCCACAGCUAGUCAGUUUCAAAAGGACUGUCCAACGGCGAGUUCUGGCUCAAGUAUGACGCCAAGGCUCAAAACUUACCCUUAUCACUUUUCUGUGGGUAGAGGCCUUGCUCUUGAGAAGAAACCUCUGUCACCGGCGUCUAAAGGCAGAAGUGACUCUAACGCUAACACUAAGGGCUGCAAAAAUGUAGGAGAGCACAAAUCCACAGUGUCUUCUUCUGCUAGCCCAGCUAUUGCUCUCCCAGUACAACAGCCCUCACAAAGCUCAGCCCCACCAACUCGUUACACCAUCUCUCCCACCGCUGCCAUCUGCUGUAGCUCAGCACUAGCCAACAUUAGCACUCAGAGCAGGUUGCUUAGCCUCGUAGAAAAAUGCCCACAGUACAGAGGGGUUGAAAAGACCAUGGCAUUUUUGAAACCGAAGCCUUCAUCCUCUACUGAGGAGCACAAUGCUUCUUGUUCCCCAGAGGCAAGGGAUGUACCCCUUGAUUUGUCUUCUAAAUCGAAACGUCAAAAAAGCGUCAAAGAUGCUCAAAAUAGCCCAACUUCUGCCAUUGAGCAUCGCUCCAUCGAACCUCAUCAGAAGAACAUUCAUGCCUCCAAAAGGCCUCAGACUGCCGCUUUUGGUACUGCCACAACCUACACACUUUUACCAGACACCCAACGAAAUGGCGCAGCUCAGAGAUCUUCCUCAAAACUCAGCAAUCACCACAGUGUAGAACCGAGUGCAUCAUGGGGCAAAGUCUCCGCUCAAGGUUCAUUAAACAGUCUACCAGGUACAUAUGUAGGCGUGGCAAGCCCCAUACUAGCAUCUACCCUACGUAGCAAAGAUGGAAAAAGUGCUGCUUUCGUGGAAGAUCUUCAGACAUAUGCUAAACAGGAGACUAUUUCCAUUAUUGAUCAAGGAGAGCAGUUGGCCUCUAGGGGUAAGAAGGCACCACCAGGCACAGUUAAAACCCAGCAAAAUAAAGGCAUCAAGCAUUCUGCUAGUACUUCUUUACUUGGACCACAGGAGCUUUUAUCCACACCACUACACAUUACAGCAAACUCACAAUCACCUAGAAAGUCUUUGGGUGGAAAAGCAGGGUAUGCACCUCCAGUUAUUAAUUCUUCAUGGCAACAGCCUAGUGUUCUUUCCCAGGAGACAUCAGUGCCGAAACCACCAAGUCAGACACAAGGCCCAUCUAAAGUCAAAGGCAGCAUACAUUGUGAGACCCCCCUGUUUCAUAGCUCUGAAAUAAGUCCUACUAAAGUGGAGGAAGAAAAAUGGGAGAAAACCAAGUCCCCUUUGUCCAACCUAGAGUCAAUAGUGAAGCAGAAAGCUCUUGAGACCACUGCACUGACUGGUGAAAACUACUGUAAUCUGUCUGCUGUAGGGUCCAGGAAGCCUGAAGUGGCAAGCUUGCUCAACAGGUGUCAGAACCCUCCACUACUGCAGACUGUGGCCACCAGCUUUAUGCCAUCCAGAGCCUCAGAACAGCAGGACUCCAAACCAGACAGAACCUCCCCACCUAAAGAUGUCCCACUACUAGUUAACACCCAGGAGGCCACAACUGUUACUGUGUCCAAAGAAAAGAAACAUGACAAACAGACAAAGCAGUUUGAAAAUUUGACAGGCGAUGGUGGCCAGAGGUCAAAGCUCAGCACCCCCAAGAAAAAAUGUGCUUCCAGUAUUAUUAAAGCUGGCAGGAAAGAGAAUAAACUGGCCCGAGACCUUGAGGAGGACAUAACAAGAAAAGAGCUUAUAGCACAGGUGGAGCCCUCUGCUCAUUCUAAGCUUGAAGGGAUAGCUCUAUCUAUUCUUCAGACUCAGACUAUAACAGAAACAGAAGCAGAGAAGAAAACAAAUGGUGCCAAAGAGGAUAGCCCUUCCAAAGGAAAAGUACCAGUCACCAAACAAAAGAAAGCAAGAAAGCCCACUAAGGAUAAGACGUCUCCUGCGACACCGAAGAAGACUGCAACACUAAUAAAAAAACAGCAAGAGAAGGAGAGUGCCACAAUAAUGCAAGGCCCUACCUCUAAAAAAAAGAAAAAUGUGCUACCUGCUGUGGAGAGAAGUCCGCUGAAGGAUAGCACAUGUCUGGCCCCUGAAGUAGGGGGCAAGAUUCGCAAAGGGAGGAGCAUUCCUGUUAAAAUGGAAUGUGCUGCCACAAACAAAACCGGUUGCGAGAGCAGCCCAAUCAGCAGUACCCUGGGUGAUGAGGACCCUAGCUCUCUCAGCAGCCCUGGACGACCUAGCAAAGAGUCUGAGUCUCAGGAGGAGGCCUCUCCGCGACUGAGACGAGCUCGUCGGCGCACAGAUGAGGCUUUGCUGAGAGACUGGAGUUUUGCUUCUCCGCCUACACCUCCUCCUCCAGAUCCCCCAUCUUCCCCACCUCCACCAAUUCACACUCCGGCAGCCCCACUCCGCCGGCCGCGGGGAAGGCCUCGGCUCAAUCCCCGGUGUGAGGAGAGGGGUGCAGAUAAGGCCAAGGGAGCAGAUGGAGGAGACACAGCGUCAAUGAAAAAGAGAAAGCGCUGUAGGAACCGCAAGUACCAGAAUGGGGAGUACAUCACAGAGAAGGACAAGGUGGCAGACGGGGAGAAAGAUGAGAGGCUAGGUGCUGAAGAAGACGAGAGUACAGAUGAGAAGACAAGUGCUUACCCACGUCUUAGUGCCACUUUGACAAGUGGAACACCCGGUCCCGACCUCAGCCCCAGGAGGUCCCUGUACACCCGCUCAGGGACCAUGCGACGCCAAGAGAGCCCCACCUCCCCAGAAUUAAAUGACAAACCUCCAGGAAAGAGGAAGUUCAAGAGCAAGCACUUGUGUGAUACAGAGGAGCAGAAAAAGCUUAAGACCAAAAGAGGGCUACUUGGGAAGCGCUCUUCUUCCCUUUCCGCAGAUGAGGAUAGCCCUGUCAUCAAGAAGUCUGCUCCUUUUGCUGGACCCAAGGGCUCCUCAUCUCCUGUGCCUAAAAAGAAGGGGCCUGGAAGGGGUGGGACUCUUGAUUCCACCCCGAGCCGUCCAGUACCCCCAGAGGUCCGGCGAUUGAUUGUGAACAAAAAUGCUGGGGAGACACUGUUACAAAGAGCUGCUAGACUGGGAUACCAGGAAGUGGUGUUGUAUUGCCUGGAGAAGGAUGUAAGGGAGGUGAACCGUCGGGACAAUGCCGGCUACACGGCGCUGCAUGAGGCAUGCGCUCGUGGCUGGACGCACAUUGUGCAGGUACUACUGAAGCAUGGGGCGGAUGUCAACUGCAGCGCCCAGGAUGGAACGCGCCCUAUUCAUGAUGCAGUGGCAGCUGAUAACCUGGCGGCAGUGUGGAUGCUGUUGAACCAUGGGGCAGAUCCGACAUUGGCCACCUACUCUGGCCAGACAGCUGUUAAACUGGCGCAAAGCCCCAGCAUGAAAACCUUCCUUAAAGAAUACUUCACUGACCUGGAGGGACGCACUGAUCAGGAUCCAAGUCUACAGUGGGAUUUCUAUAGCAGCUCUGUGUUUGAGACGGAUCAGGAGGCCUGCUGGGAUUUUUUGCUGUCUCAGCCUGAAGAGGAAGAUGGGGAGGAAUGUAGAGAGCUAGGGAAGGACAGGGAUUCAGAUGUGGACUGCCUUCUGUUCGAGUUCUCCUCUGAGCCCCUCUUACCGUGUUACCAUGUUCAAGUAUCACUAACACAGGGUUUUUGCAACUGGUUUUUGCUGACGGAUGUGUUGAAGCGGCUGAAGGUCUCUGCUCGGAUAUUCCGGGCGAGGUACCCUCAGUUUGAGGUGGCGAGCAUCGCAAGGACGGAGCUCUGGAGGCAGAUGACGGUUAGUCAGACGUGCGUAGCACCCGAUGAGCUCCGACCGGCUGAGGAAGAGGAGGAAGACGAAGAGGCGGUGGAUCUGGUGCGUUGUGUGCCAGAGCUGCAGGGACUGCUGGGCUCCUCCAUACAGCUUCUAAAGGAGGAUGAGGAGAGUUCAGAUGCAACAGUCAGGCUCUCAGGCCGAUAGCAAAAGCUCCCCCUUUCUGCACUCCCUCUACGCCACAUCCAGGGAUGAGUAAGGAGCCGUCCACAGGUGUGGAGACCUCUUUCCUUGGCAACUGAUGCCAUGUUACCAGUACCAGCACUUUGUACAUUCAGUGUCCGCCAGAAAAAGGCUCCGUUUCUCACAGAAGACACCCUUGUCCCAGACACCUUCCUUCACAGUAGUGGAAAGGGACCUAUGAGACUAACUUGGUUUGGAGUCACCCCCAAGAGAAUGGCUAGAGAAGGCUAGCAAAGCAGCUUUCAGGUCCCGAUCUGUAGGUUUUUCACUAUCCAGUAACUUUUUUAUAUAUACAUACAUAUAUAUGUAUAUAUAUAUAUAUAUAUAUAUAUAUAUAAACCUAUAAGUAUAUGUAAAUAUAUAUGUAUAUCUUGACAUCAGGGUGAACAUGUUUGGUUGUAAUUUUUCAUUGAUAUGUUUUAAUGUUUGUUUUUUCUUGAGGGGGUGUGAAUAAUAGUGAAGGGGUGCCAGUGCAAGGCAAUUUUUUCUUGUUUAUCUCGGCGAACUGUUGCGCGUAGCUAAGAGGCUUAUGCCCAGCUAAUUGUGGCAGGAAGGCCUCUGGGCCAGAUGGUUCCUCUGUAAACCUGCGAGAGGCUCAUUCUCUCUGUGAGGACCCCUAACCCAGAGCAUAUGUCCCUCAGCCCUGCCCUCCUUACCUCACCUUACCUCAGCUCACCUCACUACUGCAGCUCUGCUUUGAGCACCUCAUCUCCGCAUCACCUUUUUCUUCGUGCUGUGUAGAGGUUUUUUUUUUUUACUUUCUAAAGGACUGUUCUCUUCUAUUUAUAAAGUUUAGUUUUUUCCCCAGAGAAAAUGUUGUCAAUGAAUCAGUAGUUUGUUUUUUUUCCAGAGAUGAUCAUGUUUACAAAACCUGAAGAAGAGAUUGUUUGAUGUCACCUAUAAUGAUGGUCCUCAUAAAAGACAGGCAAAAAGCAAACCUGUGGA